AUGGAAACUCGAGAUAUGGUUAUACAACAGGUUGUGGUACAAGGCGACUUACUUGCAAAGUUAGAAACAAUGCAGAACAUGGAUGGUUCCUUCUCUAUUAAAAAGAUGUACCUGCACCUGAUUCCUCGUCACCCCAAAGUCCCCUGGAAAAUCCUUACACUGCAGGGAAACAUCCAUCCACGAGUGAAAUUUAUCCUAUGGUUAGUAGUGCAAAACAGGCUAGCAACAAUGGAUCGACUGCAGAUGAUAGACAUACAAGCUCCUAUGCCUUGUGUUUUCUGUCAUGGUGGCAUUGAAACUCAUGCAAAUCUAUUCUUUGAAUGCCCUGUUACGCGUGCAUUGUGGCUGAGAUUACUGACUUGGCUUGGGCAUAUCAGGAACAGAGGUGAUGCUACACAUGAAUUACAAUGGGUAUGCAGUAUGGCCAAGAGGAAGAGUGGACUGGGAGCUAUCACUAGCUGUGCAUAUGCGAUGGCAGUCUAUGUCAUGUGGAGGGAGAGGAAUCUGUUAAGGUUCCAGAAGAGCUCUUAUGAUGAAGAUAGAGUCAGUAGAGAAAUAGCAGUACAUAUUCACAUUAGAGGACAAAACCUUAGGAAAUGGUGCAAGCCUUUGAGUCUGCUGAGUUCACACCCUUAG